AUGGUUUUCUACAUCAUUGGUUUAGGACUUGGGGAUCAUUUAGAUAUUACUGUCAAAGGACUUGAAGCUGUAAAAACCUGCAAGGAAAUUUAUUUAGAAAGCUAUACAUCUAUUCUUGGAAUUAAUAAAUUAAAACUUCAAGAGUUUUAUGGAAAAGAAGUCAUCGAAGCUGAUAGGGAAUGUUGUGAAACCGGAAUUGAUAGAAUACUUGAAAAUGUUUCUGCAGAUACUCAAAAUAACUAUGCAUUCUUAGUAGUUGGAGAUCCCUUUUGUGCAACUACACAUACAGAUCUCUUUUUAAGAGCAGUAAAAUUGGGAAUAAAAGUAGAAGUGAUUCACAAUGCUUCUAUUAUUAACGCUAUUGGUUGCACAGGUUUACAAGUCUAUAGGUUUGGGGAAACAGUAUCUGUGCCAUUCUUUACUGAAAAAUGGAAGCCUUAUAGUUUCUAUCCUAAAAUUAAGGCUAAUUUAGAUCAUAAUUUGCAUACUCUAGUUCUUUUAGAUAUAAAAGUUAAGGAAAUUUCUGAAGAAAAUUUAGCUAGAGGCAAAAAGAUUUAUGAGGCUCCUAGAUUUAUGAGUACUCAAGUAGCUGUUGAAUAAAUUAUAGAAUCUGACAAAUAAUUGGGCUUAAAUGCAAUAGAUGAAAAAACUAAAUGCUUUGGAGUGGCUAGAGUUGGAUUUGAGAGUUAAAAAAUUGUUUCUGGAUUUUUACAUGAGUUUUUAGAAAUAGAUAUGGGGCUGCCUUUGCAUUCAUUUGUAAUUUGUGCUAAAGAAUUACAUCCAAUAGAAGAGGAAAUGUUCUAGUUUUAUAGAAAUAAUUAGCAAAAAAUAGAUUGA